GAUUCCGGCUGAAUCCGCCGGGGUGAGGCCUGGCUUCCGGGCUUUUGAAAGCUCCCCAGGGCAUUCUAAAGUGCCGUGGGGGCUGGGAGACACGGCUCCGCCCGGAUUCCAAUGAAAAGGGUGGUCCAUACUGGCGGUUCUCAAACUCCGCUGUCUGUAGGAAUCCCCAGGCGAACUUCAAAAAAUGCUGGUGCUCAGGUCCCAACCUCAGGGACCGUGUGCUGGGCCGGACUUUGGCAGUUUGAAGAGUCCCAGGUGAUGACAAUAUGCAAGCGAGGUUGAGAAUCUCUGCUUUACCAGGUGGUGCGAGGGCCGGGCGCAGUGAGCGCCGCGCGCCACUGGGUGGCGCUGCCCCCUCGGUCCGGUGCUCGGGGAGGCGCGGGCCGCGUCCGGCUGCGCACCUGCCCCGCCUCCUCCAGGCGGGCCGCGGGGCAUGCAGCCGGUCGGGGGCGGGGCUCCGAGGCCGGGACCCGGCCACCGGCUCUCGGGCAGCCUCCGCCAGCUGGACCCCGCCGCUCUCCUGAUGCUGCUCCUGGACGCCGACCGGCCGGAGCCCGUGCGCAGCGGGGCGCGCGAGCUCGCGCUCUUCCUGACCCCCGAGCCCGCGGCCGAGGCGAAGGAGGUGGAGGAGACCAUCGAGGGGAUGCUCCUCAGGCUGGAAGAGUUUUGCAGCCUGACCGACAUGAUCAGGAGCGACACUUCACAGAUCUUGGAGGAAAACAUCCCACUCCUUAAGGCCAAAGUGACCGAAAUGCGUGGCAUCUAUGCCAAAGUGGACCAGCUAGAGGCCUUCGUCAAGAUGGUUGGGCACCACGUCUCCUUCCUGGAGGCCCACGUGCUUCAGGCCGAGCGGGACCACGGGGCCUUCUCGCAGGCUCUGCGGAGGUGGCUGGGCUCCUCGGGGCUGCCCUCCUUCAGGAAUAAGUCGUCCACGCCGGCACCCCUGCCCUUCGAGCUGCCCGCGCUGUACCGGACGGAGGACUACUUCCCCGGGGACGCGGGGGACGCGCCCAGGACCCCCAGUCGCCGCCGCCGCAGGCGCGUGUGAGCUCUGCCGUCGGGGUCGUCGGAAAGCGACAGUGCGUGCGUGCAGCGGCUCGGGUUUUCUGGUCUUCUCGCUGUGCAUUUGUGUUUUUCAGUUUCCUCUCUCGCUUCAUGUGAAACGGCGGGGUUCGGAGAAGCAUCUGGAGCCCCCACGCGUGCCGCGCUGAGCCGGCCGGCGGUUCCCACCCGGGUCGGGCCUGCCUGGUGUCCUGGGACGGGGCACGCGGGUCUCAGGAGCUUCGGGGCUCCGGGACCGGGGACUCGAUCUCCCUGUCGGUCUGUGCCUGGCUUUGCGUGGGCGUCAUGGGGUGGGGGUGGGGGGGCGCUCCUGCACCAGGUGCGUGGCUCCAGGUCUGUCUGUGGUGGGUAGUUUGGCUGCCAAGCCCCGUGCCCACGGGCCUGUGAAUCAUCUCAAUAAAGGUGUCAAGAGCUCA